UAUCUCCAUUGCCAUUGGACCAGGGCGGACGGUUUGCAGCGGAUAUGGUAGCGUAAAUGUUCCCCUCUCAUUACCGCCUUUUCCAAAUCUCUUUUCUCUCUGGACACACUCCGGUCAGUUCCCAGCCUCUUCGCCAGUUGCUCAGACAUGGGUACUGCUACAAAUCCAUCAUUUAAGAUAAUAUUGGGCUCUUCGUCAAUGGCACGUCGACAAAUCUUGGCCGAAAUGGGUUACAAGUUCGCAAUCAUGACUGCAGAUAUAGAUGAGAAAAGUAUCAGGAAGGACAAGCCAGAGGAAUUGGUGACGGCUUUGGCUGAGGCGAAGGCGGAUGCCAUCAUAUCUAGAAUCCAAAGCACCAGUCAGUUGGGGGAGGACACUGACACUACUCUAUUAAUUACCGCGGACACAGUGGUCGUGUAUGAAGGGACAAUCAGGGAAAAACCAUCCAGCAAGGAAGAAGCACGCCAAUUUAUCAAAGGCUAUUCUGGCGGUCAUGCUGCAGUGGUGGGAUCUGUUCUUGUAACAAACCUAAAAACAGGUGUAAGAAAGGGAGGAUGGGACAGGGCAGAGGUUUAUUUCCAUGACAUACCAGAGGAGGUCAUUGACAGCCUGGUAGAUGAUGGAAUUAUGCACAACGUUGCUGGAGGAUUGAUGCUUGAGCAUCCAUUGACGUUGCCUUUCGUUGACACAGUGGUGGGGACUGCUGAUAGUGUCAUGGGACUCUCUAAAUCCCUUACAGAGAAGCUCAUUCAGGAGGUCCUCUGAUUCAGAACCGCUAGAAGAUUGCAGACGAAUGGCCAAUAUCCAGACUCCGGUGCUGCAAACUGGAUUGCCGGCGUCUAUUCUCUUGCUUGGUUUUGUAGCCAAAGUUUUGUAACUCGAAUAUAUUUUCUGAUUUCAAUUCCUUCACAAUCAAUCGUACAUGAUGUUGGUUACUACUGCUAUUAACUGUCUUGAGAUGUUUUUGUUUUGGCAAAUGGGUUACUGAGCGGACAGUGGAAAUGUCUGCAUGGAAUGACUACAUCAUUUUGUCAAGACUGGGGAGAGAGAAUUGCAGCUUGGGCUGUGCCCCGUGGG